GACUAUACAGGGAACCAAAUUGUCAGUUAUUUUAGCAUUUGAUGGUCAUAUUUUGUUAAAGUAGCGUGUCCAAUUGAAUUGACAUCAAACAUCACAAGAACUUCUAGCUUCCUCUACUGGCAUUCAGAGCAGUCUAUAUAUGGAUUCUACACACCAAAUUACAGAUGUCUCAGCAUCAGAACCAGAUUCAAGCAGUGACAGCGAUUUUGAUAUUCCAAAAGCAAAAGAAAGAAGAUGGAAGCAGAAAACUUAAGCUAAACAGAGCAACAAUUUAUCCAUUGAUAACAUAUCUACAGGGAGGUCAAUACUUAGAAACCUUGAUACUGGUAUAGGAGAGAACCUUGUGGCAGACAAGAUGGAUAAUCCGCAUAGAGUGCCAGGUGACAGUGAUGUACGAUUUCACGUGCGGGAUAUCGAAUUAAAUCAUUUGAGUCCUGUCGUUUCUAGACAGGAACCUAGCCCCGAGACCAAUGAUAUAUCGAAUGAUCAUGAUACAAAUAUAUUUUCCGAAAGUUUUACUUCUGCUCAGUGUCAGGGUUUGGCCAAAGAAAAUGAAUGCCCCGAUUCAUGCGCUGACAACCUAUCUGAUAGCGGUGAUGACUUGUUUGAAAGUUGCACAUACAGUUCAGACAUUCCUAAGGUAGCCCCAUUUAUGUUUAGUCAGGCUAAAAGCUGCGGUAUGAAUGUGUUAAAAGGAAGUAGCGAAUACAUAAAGAAGAUUACACAGCAUAUUAAACAAGAAAACGAAGAAAGUGAAAUAGACUAUACCAGUGACAAUGAUAGUGACAUGGAUAUCUCAGUUAAAGGAAAGGUCGUAAAGAAAGCUGACAACAUCGUUGGAUGUAAAACUGUUCAGUUAGAAAAAUGCAACCGAGUUAAGGAGACCGAUACAAAACAAGAGACCACAAAUAACCUUUCGAAGAAUGAAACAGAAAAGUGUGAUAGCGACAGCGAUGAUGAUAUUCCAAAAGCAAAAGAAAUAUGGGAGCGGAAUGUAGUCAGCGUUGGCAGGUAUAAACUUGUUGAGAUGAUAUCUAGAAAUACAGUUAAAGAGAAAGCAUCCAUAAAUAAUGUCGUUAAAGUGGAGUCUCGAGUAGUUAAAUCAAAAUGCAACGAAAGAGAGAUGAAACAAAGGCAGUUCACCUGCGAUGGUAUCAUUUCCCUGGAAAAACAAGGAACGGAUCUGUCUGUAGCUAAAGAGGACAACAUUUUAUCCAUUGAUAACAAGUUUAGAGAGAAAUCAAUAUUUAGACACAUUGAUACUGGUAAAGAGAAGAACUUUGUGGCAUACGAGAAAGAUAUUACGGGUAGAGUGUCAGCUGACAGUGAUGUACGAUUGCACAUACGAGAUAUAGAAUUAAAUGAUAUGAAUCGUGUCGUUUCUAGACAGAAACAUAACCCUGAGACUAAUGUUAUAUGGAAGAAUCUUAAUAUAAAUGAACCUUCCGACAAUUUUACUUCUGUUCAGUGUCUUAGUGAAUGCCCCAAUUCGCCAGAUGACAAACUAUCUGAUAGUGAUGAUUCAGACAUUCCUUGGCAAGCCCCAUUUAAAUUCAGUCGUGCGAAAAUCAGCGGGAUAGAUAUAUUAAAAGGUAUUGGUGAAUACCUUAAGGUAACCACACAGCAUAUUAAACAAGAAAACGAAGAAUGUGAAAUAGACUAUACCAGUGACAAUGAUAGCGACAUGGACCUCCCAGUUAAAGGAAAGGUCGUAAAGAAAGCUGACAACAUCGUUGGAUGUAAAACUGUUCACUUGGAAAAAUGCAACCGAGUUAAGGAGACCGGUACAAAACAAGAAACCACUGAUAACCUUUUGAAAGAUCAAACAGAAAAGUGUGAUAGAAGUCUAGCCCUAGGUCAGUUUUUACUUAAUCGGACAGGCAAUCUGAAGGAGAAAACCUUCGAGGUCCUUUAUAGAUCUGGUAGCACAGUCACUAACAAAGGGUUACAACCUAAUACCUCGUGUUCAACUAUUAUUCCAGAGUCGCAGCUAGAUCAAUCAACAUUUUUUAUUACAAAACCAAAUCAUUUCAAGAAAGCCGCUGAUGAUACUUUAACACAGAGCGUUGUAAAGUGUCUCUCAAGGUACAUGGAGUCAGUUUGCGCCAUAUUGUUUUCCGGCGAACUUAUUGGGACAGGGUUCAGAGUUGGGGAGAAAUAUAUAAUGACGGCGUACCAUGUGAUGUCAUUCAUAUUUGAACAGCAUCAGAUGGCUACGGGCGGAUUGUCGCCGCCAAAAGCAUACGUGAUAUUCCAAGAAUCACCUUUAGAUAGACAGUCUGUGGCGUUUGAAUUCAUCGCUGUCGAAUACAGUGACGUUGAUCUUGACAUUGUAGUUUUUGAAGUCUCCAAUCCAGAAAACCUUCCUGAGAAACUGGUUCUCGCUAAAACUGAAUGUAAAGAGCCAGAACUACAUGUCAUAGGAUAUGGUCACCAGAACCUGAAGAAGCAUGUAGACCCGAAGUGCAAAGUGUUAAAUCCUCUUGCGGAUAGAAUAUGGAAAGCAAAAGAAUGGAAUAAGAAUAAUGAAACAGACAUAGAGAAAAUAUUACGAAACAAUAAUCAAGAUAUAAGCGUUAUGAAAGAUGCAUACAAAUGCUUGGACUACCGGAGUAUUAUUUUCUUCUCCCACCGGAAAAGCAAGUUCUUUUUCCAGAGCUAUGCAGGUUUGAAAUCGGAGUAAAAACAGCAACAAUUUAUGAAUCAAUGAUUAAAAACAAUCAGAAACUGGCAAAGGAAAGUUUCAUGUGAUUUGCAUUACUUUGUGUUUUUACGUUAAAAAAAGAAAGAAAGAAAAACAAACAAAAAAACAAAAAAAAAAAAAAAAAAAAACCUUGGAAGUUAAUAAUUAUCUAUGAACAAACGCUACACGUGUUGUUGUUGAUUUUUCCUGUUUUUUCCGUUGACAUAGGUUUCCAUCUGGGUAUGUACACCCAUAAAUUUUGUUACAUACCCGUGGCGUGACAUCAACCACGUUCAUGAAGUUAUUAUAUACGUCAUCAUGUUUCUUUGAUCUAGUACACAUGAGAAAAGAUAUGAAUAGAUCUUUUCCCAGAUAUGUUUGUUUACAAAGGCUUUUUCGUGGAAUGGAAUGGAACAGAACGGAACAACGUUUGAGACACCCUAAGAGGUAUGACUGCAAUGUUACAAAAUAUGGUUUGAAAAUUACGAAACUAUUAGUUAUGAAUAAAAACAAUUAAACUGAAUCCCAUAAUAGCAUUAAUUCACUCAAUUAGCUUGUUUAAAUACUUAGUAACUUCUUAUUAAAAAAUGAAUAACUGGUUCCGUUCCGAUAAAUACCAUUACCUAUAUGGUAUUGGUACUUUGCGGAACGGAACGGAGCCACCUAAAACAGAUAUCACAUUCAUCUGCAAUCUCAGUGGAAUGACCGGCUUAAGGUUGGGGUACUUAUCCGGCGUCCCCCACCCCAU